GCACCAGUCCAUUCUAGUCCGGCAUUUAGGGAUUUCCAGGUCCCCUAACCACUAUGGCUUACCAUGGUGGGAGGUGUGUUAGUAACAUGGGUCUAUAUAUACCUUUGUUAGGCAUACAGAGGCAGAUCCAGUCUAUAGGUGCGGCGUAAUAUGAACACACAAACUUCUGGUUAUUGCACAUUUUAUCCUCACGAGAGGGAACUCCGUCUCAUUCAGCUUACUCCAUAUCUCCCUGAGCUGACUUACCACAGGUACAAAUACUGCUGUGCUGUAUACCAGCAGCACAAUAGAGACCAAGACAGUGGUAUAUAUGGAAACAUCAGGUGAAGUGUCAUAACAAAGAAAAGACUU